AUGUCUCCUCUUCCUGAAGGCAAGGUCAAAGUUAAAGUUGACCACGGGGGAGAAAUUAUUGAGGUGGAUGAAGAGGACAUUGAAAAGGCGAACCCUCCCCAAUUUGACAAAACUGAGGAUCUCACAACUCUUCGAUACCUGAAUGAGUCAAGUAUUCUUCAUAUCCUUCGUCAGCGGUAUGGUAGUAACCUUGUCCACAGUUAUGCUGGACCUACCAUGAUUAUCAUCAACCCCAUGGCACCUCUGUCCAUCUAUUCAGAAAAGGUUGUGCACAUGUUCCGGGGAUGCAAGCAAGAAGAUAUGCCUCCACAUAUCUAUGCUGUGGCACAACAUGCACACAGAGAACUCCUGAGCAACAGGAUUGACCAGUCGAUAUUGUUGCUUGGCCGAAGUGGCAGUGGAAAAACAACCAGCGCCCGACACUUGUUGCAAUACCUUAUUUUGGCGUCUGGCAGUGUCAACAAUUAUUUGACAGUUGAUAAACUGAAUGCCAUGGAAAUGUUGUUGGAAUCUUUUGGAAAUAGUCGGAUUCUUCUCAACACCAAUGCUACAAGGUUCACUCAGCUCAUCUCACUUGAUUUUGACUUCUCAGGACAAGUUUCAUCUGCCACAAUUCAGACUUUAAUGUUGGAGAAAUCACGUUUAGUACGUCGCCCAGAAGGAGAACCUAAUUUCCACAUUUUCUAUUACAUGCUGACUGGGGUUGACUCCCAACUAAGAAAUGAACUUCAAUUGACCUGCCUGACAGAUCCUAAUCAAUUCAUGACCCCAUUGCAGAGGAAUGAAGACAGACAAAAAGCUGCACAGUUUUGGGCAAAAGUUAAUAAUGCCAUGGAAAUUCUUGGAUUCUCUCAAGAAGAAAUGAAGGCUAUUUUCUAUGUGUUGGCAUCAAUCUAUCAUCUGGGAGCUGCAGGUGCCACAAAAGGAAAUAACAACAAAUCACAGUUUUCCAAACCUGCUGCAGCUCAAAAAGCAGCUUCCUUACUUGGUAUCAAAGUGGAAGAACUAUCUCGUAUGAUUUUUAGCCCCUCUACAGGCUCAGGUGGAACCCUUACCAGAAGCGCCUCUAUGAGAAUUUCAAAUGCAGCUGAUCGUCAAGCAGGGGAGACAAGUACAUCUGCCUUUGAUGCUUUAGAAGGAUUUGUCACUGGACUCUAUUCUGAGUUAUUCAAUGUUGUUGUAGCUUUGAUCAACAGGGCUUUGACCACAAACUAUCGUAAUCUUGGUUCUAUCACAAUUCUUGACACACCUGGAUUCCAGAAUCCAGCUUCUUGUGGCCGUCAGACAGGGAGCACAUUUGAAGACUUGUGUUGCAAUUACAUUCAAGAAAGAUUGCAACUUUUUUUCCAUGAUGCCACUUUUACUUUGCAGCAGGACCGAUAUUCUCAGGAAAAUAUUGAAUGUGAUUUUGAAUUUGUGAACACCAGUCCUGCUGCCAUGGUGUCUCUGAUUGAUAGACCUCCUCAACAGACACUGCUUAGAUCUUCCAAUCCUGAUCUUCGUGAUUCUGAUAAAAAAGGUUUACUUUGGAUGCUUGAUGAUGAAGCCAUUUUUCCUGGUGCUACAGAAGAUUCUUUCAUGGAACGCCUUUUCACUCAACAUGGUGACCACCCUGUACGACGAGACAGUCUACUCAGGAAAGGGUCUCUUGGUCACACCUUUAUUCUUAACCAUUUCCAAGGAACAAAUCCUGUCCAAUAUAAUGCAACAGGUUGGUUGAAAGUGUGUCGGGAAAAUGCAGUCAGCAAAAUUGCCAUUCAUGUCUUACAAGACUCUAGCAGGGACAACAUAAGUGAGUUAUUUACUACAAUGCGAGGUCCUGUGUCUACAACAGUCAGUGGCUCAAUUGUUGGAGAGAAACCAACUUCGUCUUUGCGAAGAGCAGCCAGUAUGAGGCGAACUUUUACAUCGGGUGGAGCCAACAUCAAACGAAAGUCCAUUUGCUUGCAAAUCAAACUACAAGUUGACACUCUAAUUGAAACCCUGCGCCGUACCAAGUGCCACUUUGUUCAUUGCAUGCUGCCCCAAGCCAAUGCCGGACUCUGCGAAGUGAAGACCAGUCAGACAAACAGCAGCAGUGCUGAGACUAAUCUUCUUAAUGUUCCUCUUGUCCGUUCUCAGUUAAGGGGAGCAGAAACUCUGGAGGCCAUACGUAUAUUCCGGCUAGGUUUCCCAGACUUCAUGCAAUUCACUGAAUUUAAACACAGAUUUGAUGUUCUUGCUCCACCAGGCCCAAAGAGCGAUUCCAUGGAUGAACGACAGGCUAUCAAGCAGUUGAUUGACCACAUGGAUAUUGACAAACUAAAUUACCGAAUUGGACUCAGUCAGUUUGCUAUAUGUUACUCACUAUAUCAGAAACCUACUUUUCUCUAUUUCUUUCUCAAUGGUCUCUGCAUUCUCUUUCCAUCAGUUUUUCUCUUUCUCAGCAUCUUUUUCACUACUGAUCACAGAGUCUCUCUUUCUCUAUCAUUCUUUCUAAUUUUCUAUCCUUUCACUUUUUGUUUCUUUCCUUUUCUAUAUAACUAUAUCUUUUCUUCUAACUUUUUCUUUAUCUUUUUCCCUCUCCAUAUAACUAUGUGUAUUUCCUUUCCUCUCAUAACUUCCUGA